AUGGCACCCCCAAAACCGCAAAUACCACCGGCGGCAAAACCAGUAUUUGGUGCCCAUUUCGACGCGUGGAAUUCAUCAGCGACAGGGCACCAACGGGCAGAGAAUAAGAUAGGUGGUUCUACAGGAUGGAGAGAAUCUCGAGCAUCGAAGCUAGGCCACCAGUUCAAGUCUGGUGGUACAGGUGGCAAAAGGAUCUCCGACAAAGUUGGGGCAGGAUCUGAAGACUGGGAUGAGAAAGCGAACGCCUUGAUUCCAAAAGAAGUCAAGGCAAGGGCAAGACGAAGUGUCAGCGACAUGUUAGUGGGGAAGCCAGGCUUGCCGAUGAGCGCCGAAGAACGACUGAUGGAGAUGCGGAAACUCGAAGAUGAAACUAAAGUGGAAGAGGACGAUCUAGCCCGAAAGUCUAGAGGCAUCUUUGAUGAGCUGGUCAUCUACAUAAACGGUAGUACAUAUCCAAUGGUCUCGGACCACAAGCUCAAGCAGUUGCUGGCAGAGAAUGGAGCACGAAUGUCGAUGCAUCUGGGCAGGCGACGAGUCACCCACGUUAUCUUGGGCAAACCCUCUGCUGUAGGAAGUGGAGCUGGAGGUGGUUUAGCUGGGGGAAAGUUGGAGAAAGAGAUACGAAGGAUUGGUGGUUGUGGAGUUAAAUAUGUCGGUGUAGAAUGGGUGUUAGAAAGUAUUAAGGCAGGAAAGAGACUUUCCGAGACGCGGUUCUCGAAUCUGAAGGUAGCUCCGAAAGGCCAGCGGAGCGUUUAUGGCAUGUUCAAGAAUACGGCCAAUGCCGACGUAGAUUAA